ACUUUCUGAAGAUGAUGAUGGUUGACGCGAGGCUAACUAGUGCUAGUGGGACUGGGACUAGUUUUUUUGGCACGUCGACAGGAAGCGCAUUCAAGGACACGAAGAAAGUACAGUAUCGAAGAGUGCUGAGUGACAUCGCAAGCAAACUCAACGCAGAAGAUAUAAAGACCAUGCGAUUUAUUUGCAAAGCCGUUGAUGGACUCUCAAAGAGAGAUUUGGAACUAGAGGACCCCCUGGACUUUUUCCAAAAAUUGGAAGACCGCGGAGUGAUGUCUGACGACGAUACAAGCUUUUUUAGAGAACUUCUCGAUAUGGUCCACAGACCGGACUGUAUGGCGUUGCUAGAUGGGUACGAGAGAUCAAGAAGUGCAACUGAAGGAGCUGAACGAGUGAGGGAUCAUUUGGGGCAAAGGGUCUCUACCGACGGUGUGUGUGAAGACUUUCACAAGCUCUACGUACAUGUAGGCAUGCCUGGUCCACACAAAAUCAGAGGUCCUAUCCAGCAACCAAUAGAGGGUAGCUUUGGUGAAGAUUUGUCAGAAGCUUUCGAAAUUGUGGUCGAAGAGCUUGGUAGAGACUGGCGGCAGCUUGCUCGUAGACUUCAACUAACUGAGACGGAGAUCGAUUUCAUCACUGAGAAUCACAUGCGAGAUCUUAGAGAGCAGAGUAUGCAGUGUUUGGUCGUCUGGAAGAAGAAGAUGAGAACAAGAGCCACUAAAGCCGCUCUAAUUGAAGCCCUUAAAAGAUGCAAGAUGAUGUACAUCUCAGACAGAUUGGAAGGACUUCAGGUCAGAUGAUAGGAGGUUUUCUAUCACUGCAUACAAAAAAAAAAAUCACAAGCCUGCCGCCGAUUUCACAAAGAGUUUGGACUCGUCUUAU